CGCUUCCCCGUUCUUCCAGAAUCCUGUCGAGACCUGAAUCCACCCUCACCCAGCGGUCCCCAUGGCCUCCGGCGAAGGUGUAGUUGAUCAGCUGUACGAGGCGGCUGGCGGCGAGGCAGUGGCCAAGAUAGAGGGGGAGGCCAAGGUGGAGGCGGAGGCCAAGAUGGAGACGGAGGAGCCGGUGCUGUACCUCGACCUGACGAGCUACCAGCUGCACGAUCUAAGCGAGGUGGAGAUCCCACCCACGCUGGAGGAGGUCGACCUCACCGCCAACCGCCUCUCUUCUGUUGAUCCUCGCAUCGGCCAACUCCCCCAUCUCCGCAAGCUCUCAUUCCGCCAGAACCUCCUCGACGAUGACGCCGUCGCGCCGCUCACGUCCUGGGAGGCUAUUGCCGGGUUGAAGGAGUUCGUCAUUAGAGAUAACAAACUUACAAGGAUUCCUGAUGCUGGCAUAUUCAAGGAUCUUCUGGUGUUCGAUGUAUCUUUCAAUGAGAUAUCUUCUUUGACUGGUCUGUCCAAGGUUUCCAUCAAAUUGAAGGAACUUUAUGUUUCAAAAAAUGAAGUUGCAAAGAUGGAAGAGCUUGAACAUUUCCAUGCGCUGGAAAUUCUUGAACUUGGUAGCAACAGAUUACGGGUAAUGGAAAAUCUUGAAACCUUGACAAAUCUACAAGAACUGUGGUUGGGAAGAAAUCGAAUUCGAGCUGUCAACUUGUGUGGUUUGAAGCUAAUUAAGAAAAUAAGUUUGCAAAGCAACAGACUGACUUCAAUGCAUGGGUUUCAGGAAUGUGCUGCAUUAGAGGAGUUAUACCUCAGCCAUAAUGGAAUCCAAAAGAUGGAAGGCCUCUCUACUUUGCAUAACCUCCGCAUUUUGGAUGUUUCAGCUAACAAGCUAACGACUAUAGAAAAUAUCGAAACCUUAACCAGGCUGGAGGACCUGUGGUUGAAUGACAACCAAAUACCAUCUCUAGAGGGUAUAGAGACAGCUUUGGCUGGUUCGCGGGAGAAGUUGACGACAAUCUAUCUCGAACGAAAUCCCUGUGCAAAAACUCCAGAUUACUCGUCGACGUUGAGGAAAAUAUUUCCAAAUCUCGAACAAAUUGAUUCAGAUAUCAUAGCAUGAUAACUAGCUAAUCCUUGCCCAGAUACUAAGGCAAAGAAGGCUUUGGGGUUCCCCGGAGAAGUCAUUAACAGCAAUCAACUUGUGAGGCGAACAAUAGACAGUAAUUUGAUCCUUAAAGUCUUCAUUGCCAACUCUGCUCGUGUUGUGGAAGACAUUGGUUCGGAGUUUGUAGCCUUGAGCCGUUACGGGCUUAAUAUAGUGAUUGGUAACCAAAUAAUUAGAGGUGUACGAGGAUUGUCACAGGAUCCAUAUCCGUGUUACUAGUUUUAAGAUGUUUCAUUUCAGUUCUCUAGAUUAGUGUUGAUUUUUUUUUCUCUCCAAAUGAGGCUAGGAACAGCCAGCAGUUCAUUUCUGUAAGUUGAAUGCAGACAUCUCUGUGUUGCAUAUCAACUUGCAAGGAUGUGUCAGCCUGUUGAGAACCCGAAAUUAUCUUUUAUUUGAAUUUUAUUUAUUACUCC